GCUAUUCAUUCUUUUUCGUCGCGCACACGUACACGUAAAAAUUAGCGUUGUGUUGGUCGAGUGCGAGCGCAAGAAUCGCACCGCGGCUGUGGCGCGCGGGAGUAGAGGGGGCCGCCCGUGAGCAUUUAAAAACUGGAGUACAACGCCGGCCAAGGGAUCAGUUGCGGCUCGGCGCGCUCAGUGAGAACAUCGCUUCUUGCCUCAUCGAUAUAAAAGACGCUACGUUUAUUAGUUCGUCCAUAAACUCUCGGCUACUUAUUAGCUACAUAAUUGGACUUUGAAAAAUCUGAAAGAUUUUCGACUUUGAUUUUUUUUUCAUCUUUAAAAAAAACCAACACAACUCCAAAAUGCCUAUCUCAGUGAACGAAGUGAAGACGGUGCGCGCCACAUUCGGCAUGGGCUGCUUCUGGGCCGGCGACGCUCUGUUCGGAGCCACCCCCGGCGUCGUCACCACCGCAGUCGGCUACGCCGGCGGCACCAAAGAAAAUCCAGCCUACAAAAAUCUCGGCGACCACACCGAGGUCAUCCACAUCGAGUACGACCCGGAGCGCAUCAGCUACUCGCAGCUGCUCGACCUCUUCUGGAACAAUCACGAGUACGGCCUGACCGCCUACGUGAAGCGACAGUACCUCUCGCUGAUCCUCUACCACAAUCAGGAGCAGAAGGAGCUGGCCGAGGCGUCGCGCGACCAUCAGCAGCGACUGCGCAACGAGCGAUUCGCCACCGAGAUCUCGCCCUUCGACAAGUUCUACCCGGCCGAGGACUAUCAUCAAAAGUAUCGGCUGCAGGGACACGCCUACCUGGUCGAGGCGCUGGGCCUCAAGAGCGCCGUGGAGCUGCAGACCAGUCCGCUGGCCGCCAAGCUGAACGGCUUCGUCGCCGGGGCCGUGUCGCCGAGCGAGUUCGAGGAGCAGGUGAAGAGCCUCGAGCUCAGCGACAAAGCCCUGCAGUACGUGCGCAAGCACGUGAUCGAUAAUCAAGGCAGCGGACUCUACUGCUGAUAGACGAUCGUGACGGACACAUUUUUCCACCGCGCGAUGCCACUUUAUCUAUUAGAGGCGCCUGUAAAUAAUUAAUUUAUAUAUUUUAUUUAUUUUAUUAUUACUUGUUGUUGUAACCGAAAAAGUAUUUUGCGAUUUCGAGACCUGGCAUGUCUUAUAUACUAUUAAGAUAUCUCUGUGACAAAAAACGAAACAAAAAAUUCAUGACGGGGUCGUUUCUGUUAUUAUUUAGUUUUUAAUGUAUCGACGAAUUAGUUUACUAGUAGAGGAUGUUUCCAAUUGUUAGAUGUACGUAGACUCAUCCUCUGGAUUGCCUGUUAAAGCUGCGCUAUACGUCCGAAGGACGUCGAUAGGUUCUUUUUUUUAGCUUGCCAUGAGGUAUUAGAAUUAUAAGUAUAACUAUUUGUAUGACAAAUUGACUAUUAUAAUAAAAAUAAUUUUCAAAUGAA